AUGGAAUCACCGAGUAUCCCAGACAAUCGACCUCACAAGGCUGCCCCCAUGGCGCCUACGCCAGCAAUCGUCGAGCCGAACGACGAUAUCAACACCAAAACACAGACUCUGUCUGUUCGCUCCGAUUCUCCUCCCGGGCAAGCUUACGAGCCGUCAGCCUUUGGCCAGCCGGCGAUUGGGAGGCCACCGAUGGGAUCGCGACAGCCCUCCAUGGGCGCGAGAACCAACGGAGAGUCCACGCGCAGGUAUUCUAUUGACCAGGAAUCUAUCGCCGAUUCGAUUGGCAACCAAUCCCUCGGUCACCAUUCCAUAGGAGGCCAACCCGACAGGCAGUGGCAGUACGGCCAGCACCAAUUUGACCAGCGAUCGCAAAGCAAUCUGUCUCUGGACCAGCAGUCAGUGGGAAAUCAAUCGCUCGGACACCACUCUAUAGGCGGCCCACCGAGGGGUUACUAUUCAUCACCUACGUCCUCCACCCGCGAUGUCCAUUCGUCCCUCUCGACCAGAUCAAUGCGCCGGAACUUCGUAGUGAACGAGCUUCCAGUUUUGCAACAAACAAACCCCAAUGAGGGCUCCGAACAAUUCCACCCAAUCAUCGAAGAAAAUGAGGAACAAUCUUAUGACUUGGUUGCUCCGUACGAGGGCGACGCGGCCCCACUGCAUUCUCUGGAGCGACAAGCGGACCUGAUGUUCUGCUCGGAGCACAUGUUGGCAAUUCUCAACAACCCGCGGUAUCUUGCGCGUUUCCGUGAAUUCUUGCACCAGGAGCGUCCUGGGUCACUGUCGACUUUGACUUAUUAUCUAAAUGCUUAUAAAUCGCUCAAGGCUAUUGAGUAUGCCAAUGCGCUUGUGCGAUUGGCUGUCGAUGUGCCUACGGCUGGUAUUGAAACGGCCGAGAAACCUGUUGGUCCAACUGUAAACACCGCGCUUGAAGCUCGCGUGCAAGCUGCAUUGGAUGCUUUGACUGCGGAGGAGCUUCCUGCUUUCAUUACGUCCACUUGUAUCAGCAUUACUAGCAAGGUCGUUGAAGAGCGCGUGCGCGGAACCCUUCCGGAUAAGUUCCAGGGAACCGCAGAUGCGCUGGCUGAGGUGUUCUGUUUGACAGAUCCAUCGCGGCCAGACAAUCCUAUUAUUUUUGCUUCUCAAGAAUUCCAUCGCACUACUCAAUACGGCAUGGACUACGUCCUCGGAAGAAAUUGUCGAUUCUUGCAAGGUCCAAAAACAAACCCGAACAGCGUGCGGCGUAUCCGAGAGGGUAUCAAGGGUGAGCGACACCACUCUGAGCUCUUCCUUAAUUACCGCCGCGAUGGAUCACCAUUCAUGAACCUUCUCCAAUGUGCACCUCUCUGCGACAGCCGUGGAAAGGUUCGCUACUUCAUCGGUGCCCAGGUCGAUGUCUCAGGACUAGCGAUGGAAGGCGCCCAGAUGGAAUCCUUGCAAAACAUACAAGUCCAAAAGGAAAAUCCCUCGGUCAACGGCUCAACGAUCCACAAGGAGUCAAAGAGCGAGUUCCAAGAACUAGGCGAGCUUUUCAGUCCCCGCGAGCUGCAAAACGUGCGCGAACACGGAGGCAACCUAUUCCAACCAAUCAUCAAUGAAGACCCAAAUCACCGACUCUUCCUGCAAGAUUCAGAUACCGAGACCGAGGGCGGCGACCAACCCCCAUCCCAGUCUAAUCCUACACCAGCUCCUGCUCCUAAUCUUUCCCUAACUGGUGUCUACAAACACUACCUCCUCGUCCGGCCCUACCCAUCUCUCCGGAUCUUGUUCACCUCCCCCUCCCUCCAAAUCCCAGGAAUGCUCCAAUCCUCCUUCCUAAACCGUAUUGGUGACUCAGGCGCCAAACGAGAUAACAUCCAGAACGCCAUGAUGGCCGGCCGGAGUGUCACGGCCCGCAUCAAGUGGGUGACCAAGUUUAAUGACCAAGGACGCAAUCGCUGGAUUCAUUGUACGCCGUUGAUGGCGAAUAAUGGACAGAUUGGUGUUUGGAUGGUUGUUGUUAUUGAUGAUGAGGAGGAGCACUCUGUUAGGUGGACUGGCAACUGGCCUUCUAAUUAUUAA